ACACAAACACACUAAACUUCCUAUUGAGUGGAGUCUCGUAAUAGGAUUCUAAAAGGAGUUAGUUUCUUUAGGGCUUCAUGUGUUUGUCAUACCUUAUUACAUGUAUGCCCUACCAUGCAAAGAGGCUCAUUGUAAAACGACAAGAGGCCUCACCUCUACACCAUGGUAUUAUAAAAGAAUUUACCUUAACUGGCUUCUUUGGAUUGUCAAAGAGUUAAAGGAGCUUUUAUUGUGCAUUCUCUGGACUUGAGCUGUGCAUGCAGUUACACAUAUAUUCACCAGUCCAUAGCAGACUACAGAUUGGCAGCCACCAUAUAAGCAUACUGCACAUGUAACUCAGCUCUGGCUCUUGGAACAUAUGAUUACAUGACAUAAAAACACCAUGGCAGAACUGUUCCUGAGGUGAUGGCUCAUUGUAGCAACGGACUAAACCACAGAGUUUCAUCUAAUGGUCCAUUCUUCUCCAAAAAGGAUACCAACACCAACAGCCACAUAGCGGAGUUCCGUAAUAAGCACCUGGUUUGUGCCGGGUGCAAGCAGCGCUUUGUGACUUCUGUCUACACACCAACGCUGCUUCCCUGCCUGCAUUCCGUCUGUCCAACUUGCUUUGACGAAGCAACAUCCAAAGACAGCAGCACUGUCUGUCCAUCGUGCAAGCAACAGGUACCAUCCACACAAGGUGUCUUGACAAGGAGCUCUAUUGCUCCAGACUUCCAUGUGGACUACCUAGCAGAGUACCUCGGAUACACAGAAGGGAUCGUCAGACUCUGUGAAGGUUGUGAAUCUUUCACUAAACUUGCCAGUGCUUGCUGCUCCAACUGCAUCAAAUUCCUGUGCAAAGAGUGUCUGAUUAGACAUCAGUACACUGUAGGAUACCAAAAUCAGCAUUUCCUCGAGGUCAACGAUCUGACAAAGGAGGAGUGGGCAGUACUGUCGCGUCAGCAACGCUUUUGUGUGGUCCAUCAAAGUCAGGCCCUGACUCUUUUUUGUACUGGUGAAGAGUGUAACCUGCCAAUCUGCCUUUCCUGCUGCAAAAGCGAUCAUAUUUCAGAAGGACAUAACAUAUCCGACCUGUCUUCGGUUGUGGAACAGCUGAAAGUCGAACUUCAAGAGCUCAUCAUCAUGAGUGAGAAACAGACCCAAAUGCUUGAGAAGCUGUUGGAGAACAUUGAUUUAGUGACCCAGAAGCUUACAUGCAAUGCUGAGGAAGCGACGAGUCAAAUCAAAGCACUGUUCAGCAGGUGUCGCAAGGUCCUACAGCAGAGAGAGGAGGCUCUACUGAAAGCUGUCACAGAUGCACACACCAAGAUGCAACAAGGACUUAAGCAGCAGAAGGAUGACACAAAGACCAUGCUUUCACACAUUGCUGUCAUGACUGACUGUGCAAACACCAGCAAUAAUGCCAACAGUACAGUAUCAAUAGCCAGGGUGCAAAAGAAGUUAGAAGGAUUCUUCAAGGAGGUUGCAAACGGGGUGUUUUAUCCUCUACCAUUGGCCAACAGCUGCAUUGACUUUACUCACAGGCACAAUGAAGCUUUAACUUAUUUUGAUUAUGCAGUGAAGGACCUAGGUAAAGUGACCAACGGAGAUGAAGUGCCUUUUUUGACGGUGGUGAAUCCUCAAGAGUCUUUCGUCAAUCAGGAAAGCACUGUGAGACUUGAAAUGACCAACUUGAAAGGAGAUCGCAGCACAAAGGGUGGAACCAUAGUAUCUGCAAAUAUGAAGACUCCUUUUGAUGAGAACUUACAGUGUACCAUUGUUGAUAAUAUGGAUGGAUCAUACAUCAUACGGUAUCUUCCCACGGACCCUGGUGAUCAUCUCUUGCAUGUUGAGGUUUGCCAUGAGCCUAUCAGAGAGGAGCCAAUAACAAUUCCAGUGUAUGCUCUUUGUACAGAAAUCAAGGGUGAGAACACAGAUGAAGAAUGCAUGGUGGAAAUCUAUGCGAAUGAUUGCAACGGAAAGCGCCAGGCAUUAGCCAAAGACCUGAAGUUCUCAGCAGAUGUCCUGGACCCACAAAACGAGGAACUGAAAACUCAGAUCUACUAUUACCCGUACGGCUACCAUGGCAUUGUCUUCCGUCCAAAUAGUAUUGGUGAGCAUAAGCUGACAAUAAACUUGAACAAUGUGCUUCUCAAGUUUACCCCUAUCAUGGUGCCCAUCCACAGGAUCAUCUCUUGUCAAGUGGACAAGAAACCUUUCUUCCUGGAGAACAUUUCUGGGAUGACAGUGACAUACAUGGGUAAGAUCUUCCUUGCAGAUACUAUACAGAACGAAAGAGUUCUGGGUUUCAAUCAAAAUGGUGAAUGCUUCACCAAGAUCAAAACACCAUACAAGGGAGAUGCCUUGAUCACCAAAGACAGAAAAGACAACCUUGCAAUGCUCUUUCCGUAUCGACAAGUAAUGAUCUUUUAUACUCAGAAGGGGAAGCAGGUUCGCUUCUUCGACACACCGCAAGUUGUCAAUCCUGUGUCAAUCGCCGUCACAUCCGCAGAGGAAACACUCAUCCUGGAAUGCCUCAGCAGUUCUGUCUUGGUAUACAACUCUGCAGGGUUCCUCCAGACUACUGUCGGUGGGACCAACCACGCUAUCAGUCUCGGCUACCCGAUCUCCAUGAGCCUUGAUUCCAGGGACAACAUUUACAUCAGCAACAAGACGGGAGGUUCCAUCCUGAAUCUGACCUGGAAGGGAGACUUCAAGCGUAGUAUCGGUCUUCCGGAGACCUUCAAUCAGAUCGGUACUGUAGACUGCACCCCAGAUGGCUACAUCCUGAUCCAUGAAGAGAAGCUCUCUCAGGUUGUCUAUGUUGUCAGCAGGAGGAGCGGCAACGUCCUGCGUACCAUCAAUGUCCAUGGUAUCGUUGGUUUCCUGGAGCACCUCGGCGUGACCCCUGAUGGUUGUUUCAUCAAGUUGGACCGCAAGAAAGGGUGUCUGAGGAAGUACAGGUAUGCGUACUACUCAAGACGUAACACCUAUCCUGCUAUAGCUGCAUCUACUGCUAAUGAUCAAAAUGAUUUUGAGGUGGUAGGAUAGCAUGCCAAUGAUGCUUUACAUCUGUUCCGUGUAAACCAAUUGAGAUAUAUAUCUAAUCAUAUUUAUUCAUUUUUUGAGGGAUGGGCGGUGCUAAAGUGUAACUGAUAUUUAGCAACGUGAUUCUGAGCAGCAUUCACCUUCAUUUUGGAUUAUGAUCAUUCAUCUAUCUUGAAAUAUCAUGCUUGAGAAUUAUGUUGAAAGAACUGUGCAUCCAGUGUUUAUUUUCAUUUACAAGACUUUGCCUUGGAUAUCAAGUGGAGAACAGUGCCAGGUGUCCUUAAAUACAUGUAGUGUUUCUCUUUUAUAGGAAACAUGUUACAUUCAGAAAAUGGGCUACUUGUUUCAUUCUUUUUUUCUUCAUAAUAUGCAUUUCACGUUGUACACCUCGCCUAUGUUCAAAGAAUGGCACCAGUUCAUGAUAUAUGACAUUUAUCCUGGUAGUGUCAUGAACAAUACUUUACAAAAACUGUGGUUUAAAGUAAAAUAAAGAAAAUGGAAAUGCUUGGCUGAAACCUAUAGUACAGUGCAACCCACUUGAAAAAUAAAAAGCUCUGAUACAAAACCACUUGGCGAAUCCAUAAGCACUGUGCAAGGUGGCAACUUUUAAAAAGCCCGGUGCAAACUGCACGAUCCAUCAUGUCACAAUUUUUAACAAAUCUUAUCUUGGUCUUUAACAAUAUUAAUAAGAUUGUAAUUUUGUUGCUAGGAGCAACCCAAUAAUGAUAAUUAUGAUGCGCUGUUUGAGCCGGCAGAUGGUGAUGAAACGUGUACAGCAACCACAUGGUCACUUCCUCGCAAUGAAUUUCCAUUAUUGCUGCAACUUUUAUGUGGAUUUUAUGAUCAAUCCUGCAUUAUUACUGAGCUGCCAAUUGUAAUUUUAUCCUAUUUAGUAUGAUUUUUAAGGGAAAAGUGACACUAAAUAUGAUUUUUCCCCAAGAAAAAGGAUAUGUCAAACUUGUGAGAAAGAUGAUUUUCGGUAUGUUUUAAAAAGAAUUUAAGAAAAACAGUAUUUAGACUUGAAAAUAGGAUAACAAAAUAGAUAUGAUUUUGUCACAAUUAAAGUUAGAAGCUCUGAUUACUAUUCUGACCUUGUUUCAAGAAUUUGUAAAAGAUUUUCACAGCAGUGAUAGUAGGGAAAGUUGAUGGAGAGCAAUGCAAGUAGGCCGACAUGUACUUGUCUGUUGACCAUGCUUGUGUCUUUUAUUCAUGUGCAUGCAUAUAAUCCCUGAUUCACUUUAAUAUUUUUGGACAAUUUCAUUGGAAAGGAUACAAAUACACUACCCUCUAGCCUAAAACAUUUGGGUUUGUAAGGGUAUAUCUAAACUAAGAACAGUGAACAUCUAGAUUAUAUGCAUAACAGUGAAAACCUAUUUCAACAAGGCCAUUGGGACCAUCAAUUUUAUAUUAAAUUCUUUAUGAAGCUUUUUAUAUCAGGGUAGUGUUUCACACAAUUCUUUGUAAAUAUAUGCAUGACAUUAUUAACAAACAGUGAAUCUGUUUUUUACACUGUAAAUCAACACUGAAAAUUUGGUGUACAUCAUUUCUAUACAGAAAGGGCCACCAGUCGUUCACAACGUCAUGCAUUAUACAGAAAGCUUUAUAUACGAAACAACCCCCAGGGUUAUAAAAAAUAGACCUGGGCCAAAGGGCCAAAUGAGCAACUUUUUAAUACAAAAUAUUUGUCCAACCAGAGCCCUUCACUAUCAAGAGAUACACAUACAAUGCAAAGUUGCUAGUUCUAGCAAGUCUCUUUUUUAUUUUAGAGUGAAUGCCAUAACUGCUUCAAAAUUUGCUAAA